AUGAAAAUUGCAAAUAAUUCUAAUGAUACUUAUCGCGAAAGAAUCGCAUUCUUUAUAAACAAACAUCAAGAUGCUUUAAACUUUGUGGAACAUAUCGAAAAUAUCUUCACUAUACCUUUCGGCGCGCAAAUGAUCAUAAUAACCAUAGGAUUAAGUAUUACAUUACUGCAAUUUACGCAGCAAAACGGCGAUAUUUUAAUAUCAAUAAGAUACGUGUUGUACAUUCUCGGUCAACUGUUUCAUUUAUUCUGUCUCUGUUUCGAAGGACAGAAGCUAAUAGAGCACAGCACUCUGAUGUGCGAUAAAAUAUACAGCAGCACCUGGUACGAAGUAUCCAUGAGAUCGCAAAAGUUAAUCGUGAUGGUGAUGAUGAAAAGUGUACGACCGAGUUUCUUAAGCGCUGGCAAGAUCUACAUUUUCUCCCUGGAGAACUUUACCAUGGUUCUACAAACUUCGAUGUCAUACUUUACGGUGCUUAUCAAAAGUCUUACUGAUCAACUGUAUGACGAUUGGAACAAGCUGAAUAGCGCGGAGGAAUAUGAAAUUAUGAAAAAGUAUGCCACGAACGCAAAAUUGAUUACUUUGGCAUAUUUCUUACAUAUUUUAUUGUGCUUAUGUAUGUUUCUAUUAAUUUCCCUCAUGCCUACAUUACUGAACAUCGUGUCACCUCUAAACGAAUCCCGGCCUAUAAUUAUGCCUUAUAGUGCCUAUUAUUUCGUGGACGAAGAAAAAUAUUACUUCUACAUUAUGUUUCAUAUUACUACGUGUUUGACUAUAGCUCUAUUGGCUUUACUCGCGCACGAUUGUGUGCUUUUUAUUUACAUUGAGCAUGUCUGCAGUCUCUUUGCUGUGAUCGGAUUUCGUCUUGAGACUUUAUCACGUAAUAAUCUUAACAUUACGGCGAAUAAUCGUCCGGAUGAUCGAAAGAUCUACAAUCAGAAAAUCGCGAUCUCCGUUCAUGCACACUGGCGAGCUUUACGAUUCGCGGAGAUUCUUGAAGACUUCUUUUGCACUGCUUUCGCAGUACAUAUGCUGAUAUAUGUUGUAACAUUGAGCAUUAGUCUACUACAAGUUGCGUUACAAUAUGGCGACAUUAACGAAAUGUUGAAGUACCUAAUGUAUAUCUUUGGUCAAGUACUACACAUGUUUUGCUUCAGUCUGCAAGGUCAGAGAUUGAUCAAUCACAGCAUGCAAUUGCGCGACAAAAUAUACAAUUCGUCCUGGUAUAAAAUACCCGUGGAAUCACAAAAGCUGCUUCUGCACGUUAUGCGAAGGAGCAUGGAACCUUGUUUUUUGAGCGCUGGCAAGAUUUAUGUCUUCUCUUUGAAGAGCUUCACCACGGUAAAGAUUAUUUACUUUACUGUUGUCUCUUGUUUCUUUGAAGACUUUCUUAAUAUCGGCUCUUAUUUUUAA